GUAAAGAAUCUGGUGUGACUGGUUUAGGGUGAAGCGGGCGGCAUCUCCAAGGCCUUGGGUUCUCAGACUCCAGGCCACUCCAAGCACACCCAGCCCCAGGUCACUGAGAGAAAGACGCUCAAGGAGGAGGAGCAGGACACCCCAGGGCAGGGAGAGUCUGGAGGGCCGGCCUGGCCAAGCCUUCAACAGGCCCCGCCCACCGCUCCGCCCCAAGCCCUGGCCCCGCCUGUCCCGGUCCCUCCCUCCGACUUUGCUCUGAGAGCCGGCUGGGAGCGGCAGCGGGACAGCGAGCAGGUGAGUCUGCCUCUCCAGUUCCUGUCGGCUGUGUGUCUUCGUCUGUGUCAGGUGCUCAGGCCCGAGGGCCAGGGACGAGAGGGGAGCAUCACCGGAGCUCCAGGCAGGGGGGCCGCUGCCCAGGGCUCUCAAGACCUGCGCUGGACACUGGUCCCAGCCCUCGAGUCUUUCCCCAGCCAGGCCUUUGGCCUGUGGGAAUCCCCGUGGGGCCCCAGCUGGGCCUUGAUGGAGCUCCUGCCACCGCGCUCACAGCCCUCCCUGUUGCUGCUGCUCUUGCUGCUGCUGCCGCCGCCGGCGGUACCCAAGGCUGGCAGGUCCUGGCAGUGCCCGAGCAUCCCUUACGCUGCCUCCCGUGACUUUGGCGUGAAGUACACGGUGCCCAGCUUCUCAGCUGGCGGGCCGGUACAGGCCCUGGCGACCUAUGACGGGGGCGGGGAUGGGAGUGCGGUGUUCGUGGCCACGCGCAACCGCCUGCACAUGCUUGGGCCCGACCUGCAGCUCCUUGAGAGCCUGGCCACAGGCCCUGCUGGGCACCCUGCCUGCCAAACGUGCGCAGCCUGUGGCCCAGGCCCCCACGGCCCCGUGGAGGACACGGACGCAAAGGUGCUGGUGCUGGAACCGGGGCUGCCGGCCCUGAUCAGCUGUGGCUCCAGCCUGCACGGCCGCUGCUUCCAGCACGAGUUGGAGUCCAAUGGGACCGCCCUGCGCCUGGCCCCGCCAGCCUGCCUCUUCUCCGCCCGCCACAACCGGCCCGAAGACUGCCCCGACUGCGUGGCCAGCCCUUUGGGCACCCUCGUGACCGUGGUGGAGCAGGGCCACGCCGCUUACCUCUACGUGGCAUCUUCUCUGGACAAGAAGGUGGCCUCGAGCUUCAGCCCACGCUCCGUGUCCAUCCGGCGCCUCAAGGCCGACGCAUCAGGAUUCGCCCCAGACUUCGAGGCGCUGUCGGUGCUGCCCCGGUACCUCCCUUCCUACCGCAUCGAGUACGUGUACAGCUUCCACGCCGGAGCCUUCGUCUAUUUCCUGACCGUGCAGCCCACUAGCCUGGCCGCCGUGCCUGCUGCCUUGCACACGCGCCUGGCCCGGCUCAGCGCCGUGGACACUGACGUGGGCAGCUACCGUGAGCUGGUUCUGGAUUGCCACUUUGAGCCUAAACGCCGGCGACGCGAGGCUUUGGUGGUCGGGCAGCCGUAUCCGGUGCUGCGGGCAGCCCACAUGGCUCCCGUGGGCAGCGGGCUGGCCGCCGAGCUGAACGUAGCCGAGGGCCAGCAAGUGCUCUUCGGGGUCUUCGUGGCCAGCAGAGACAGCAGCCCCGGUCGCGGUCCCACGUCUGUCGUCUGUGCCUUCCCCAUCGACCUGGUGGAUGAGCUCAUCGAGGCAGGCGAGGAGCGCUGUUGUAACCCCGGCGUCCAGCAGGGCCUCCGGAGGGACCUCGACUUCUUCCAGGCCCCCAGCUUCUGCCCCAACCCGCCCGGCCUGGCGUCCCUCAGCCCCAACACCAGCUGCUACCACUUCCCGCUGCGGGUCAGCAGCAGCCUCGUACGCGUGGACCUGUUCAACGGGCUGCUGGGGCCGGUGCAGGUGACCGCGCUGCACGUGACGCGCCUGGACAACGUCACCGUGGCCCACAUGGGCACGUCGGAUGGGCGCAUCCUGCAGGUGGAGCUGGCCAGGUCUCUCAGCUACCUGCUGUAUGUGUCCAACUUCUCCCUGAGCAACAGUAAGCAGCCCGUGCAGCGGAAUGUCAGUCGCCUUGGGAACCACCUGUUCUUUGCUUCCGGGGACCAGGUCUUCCAGGUACCCAUCCAGGGCCCCGGCUGCCGCCACUUCCUCACCUGCUGGCGUUGCCUGCGGGCACAGCGUUUCAUGGGCUGUGGCUGGUGUGGGGGCAUCUGUGGCCGGCAGAAGGACUGUCCUGGCUCCUGGCAACAGGACCAUUGUCCCCCGGAGCUCACUGAGUUCUACCCUCGCAGUGGACCCCGAAGGGGCAGCACGAGGCUGACCUUGUGCGGCUCCAACUUCUACCUGCACCCUGCGGGUCCGAUGCCCGAGGGCACGCGUCAGGUCACCGUGGGCCAAAGUCCCUGCCACCUGCUGCCCAAGGACAGCUCACACCUCAGCCCAGUGCCCCGGAAGGGCUUCACAGAAGAGCUAGAGUGUGAACUGGAACCCUUGGGCACACAGUCAGCUGGGACUGCCAACAUUAGCCUCACCGUCACCAACAUGCCACCGGGCAAGCACUUCCGGAUAGACGGCACCUCCGUGCUGCAAGGCUUCUCCUUCGUGGAGCCAGUGCUGAAAGAAGUGCAACCCCUCUUCGGCCCACGGGCAGGGGGCACGCGCCUCACCCUGACAGGCCAGGGCCUGUCCACAGGCACCAGCCGGGCUGUGCUGGUCAACGGGACGGAGUGUCUUCUGGAGUGGGUCGGCGAGGGGCAGCUUUCCUGCACCACGCCGCCCGGUGCUGCUCUGGGGAGAGUUCCCAUUCGCCUGCAGGUGGGGGGCGCCGGGGUGCCUGGCUCCUGGACCUUCGACUACCGGGAGAACCCCAUCGUGCUGGGCAUCAGCCCCCACUGUGGCUACACCGGCUCCCACGUCACCGUCCGCGGCCAGCACCUGACUUCCGUGUGGCGCCUGGCGCUGUCGUUCCACGACGGGCUCAAGGCCGUGGAGACCAGGUGCGAGGGGCAGCUGCCGGAGAAGCAUCGGUGCCGCCUGCCCGAGUACGUGGUCCGAGGCCCCCAGGAGUGGGUGGCAGGGAACCUGAGCGCCUGGGGGGAUGGAGCUGCCGGCUUCACCCUGCCUGGCUUUCGCUUCCUGCCCCCGCCCCGCCCACCCAGCACUGACCUGGCCCCACUGAAGCCCGAGGAGCACGCCAUUAAGUUCGAGUACAUUGGGCUAGGAGCCGUGGCCGACUGUGUGGACGUGAACGUGACCGUGGGUGGUAAGAGCUGCCAGCACGAGCUCCGAGGGGAUGUGGUCAUUUGUCCCCUGCCCCCCUCCCUGCCCCUGGGCAAGGACGGCACCCCACUGCAGGUCUGCGUGGAUGGUGAAUGUCACACCCUGGGCAGAGUGGUGCGGCGGGGCUCGGAAGGCAUCCCGCAGAGAACGGUCCUCGGCAUCCUGCUGGCCCUGGCCCUGCUCGUGGUUGUGUUGGCCGCCGCGCUUGUCUUCAACUACCGGCGGAGGAAGCAGCUGGUCCUGUCUCCGAGCCUGCGGCACCCGGCGUCCUCGGACCAGAUCGCCGGAGCCAUGCCUCUGCCCCCGCUCCAGGCUGGCUCCUGUUGCCGAUACAGCGCUGCAGCUCCUUCCGCGGGGGGUCUGGAUCCCACCACUCCGGUCCACGGAGAGUCCUUCUCAGACAGUGGGGAUGGGUCCCGAGUCCCUCUGCUUCGGACGAAGUCCGUCCAGCUCGGGGACCUGGACUCUGCGCUCCUGGCCGAGGUCAAGGACGUGCUCAUUCCCCACGAGCGGGUGGUCACCCACAGUGACCAAGUCAUCGGCAAAGGCCACUUCGGGGUCGUCUACCAUGGAGAGUACACAGACGAGACCCAGACGCGGGUUCACUGCGCCGUCAAAUCCCUGAGCCGCAUCACCGAGCUGCAGGAGGUGGAGGCCUUCCUGCGCGAGGGGCUGCUCAUGCGUGGUCUGCACCACCCCAACGUGCUGGCCCUCAUCGGAAUCACGCUGCCGCCCGAGGGGCUGCCCCGGGUGCUGCUGCCCUACAUGCGCCACGGGGACCUGCUCCGGUUCGUCCGCUCGCCCCAGCGGAACCCCACGGUGAAGGACCUCAUCAGCUUCGGCCUGCAAGUAGCCCGCGGCAUGGAGUACCUGGCGGAGCAGAAGUUCGUCCACAGGGACCUGGCUGCUCGGAACUGCAUGCUGGAUGAGUCGUUCACAGUCAAGGUGGCCGACUUCGGCCUGGCCCGAGGCGUCCUGGACAAGGAGUACUACAGCGUCCAGCAGCACCGGCAUGCUCGCCUGCCCGUCAAGUGGAUGGCACUGGAGAGCCUGCAGACCUACAGGUUCACCAGCAAGUCGGACGUGUGGUCAUUCGGGGUGCUGCUGUGGGAGCUGCUGACUCGAGGGGCGCCACCGUACCCUCACGUCGACGCUUUCGACCUCACGCACUUCCUGGCCCAGGGUCGGCGCCUGCCCCAGCCGGAGUACUGCCCCGAUUCUCUGUACGCGGUGAUGCUGCGCUGCUGGGCGGCGGACCCUGCCGCGAGACCCACCUUCGGGACGCUGGCGAGGGAAGUGGAGCAAGUGGCGGCGGCUCUGGGUGGGGACCACUACGUGCAGAUGUCCGCGGCCUACGUGAACCUGGGCCUGGAUGCCCCCAAGGACGCCACUGUGCCCCCAGAACAGUCACUGCCCCCAGCUGUGCCCAGGAGCCCCGGGCGGCCUCGGCCCCUCUCAGAGCCACCGAGGCCCACGUGACCUCAGCCCUAGGCAGGCCCCGAGGGUCUGGGCCUGCAGAGCCACUCCUGGGAGUUAACCUCUGGGCUGUGCCGCGACAAGGGGGGGCCCGACCCGCGCUCUGCCCUGUCCCUUACCCUCACCCGCCAGGCUGUUGGGGGGGAGCAAGGCACACUGACCCCUCACGCCACAGAGGGAGCCAGGGAGGGUGACCCUGGAUGUAACAAGUACUUACGGAGCCGCUGUGUGUCUGGCCUGCUGGGCACAGGGCCUUGACCAGGGCCAGCCACCGGCCCACCAGCCAGUAAAUAAACAGGUGACUAUUUAAGCACAAA